AUGAAGAAAGUGUCAACUGCCAUAUCAAAGCAGCAGCCGGAAAAGCAGGUCGCCGAUAGCGCGGUGGUUUCGCCGUUUCACCUGCUGCCUCGUAAUGUGCUGGUGGGCACCUGCAACGGAGUGCUGCGAGGGCUGGUGACGAGUCUGCUGCCGCUCUUUGUGCGCAUGCUGGCCCAGGAUUACCAACGCACGGUUAGGGUCUUGCAUCUCGGCGGCCAAAAGAACUGGUGUAUGUUUGUGAAUCUCGCGGACCUUCAGGAAACGCCCGCCAAGAUGAUCACAGUUGCCCCCGGGCCCCCCGCUGUUUAG